UCCCUUUCGGCUGGACAGUCUACCGUUCAUGGCGCUCAACGCCAGCUCUGACGCUGCCACCUCCCUCGCGGUGGCGCCUGCAAGUAACUCUGCGAGUGCGUAUCAGAUAACACGGCCGCGUUGGUACAACAAGGCGGAGGUGGCCAUCAUCGUCCUGCUCUGCCAGCGCCUAAGGAUGAUCGACUUAAAGGGUGUCGAGCACAUGCUCGAUGCGGCACCAAAGUUCGCGAAGGAGGACCCGGUGAGAGAGCCGGUGCGCAGCCUAAAAUUGCAAAGGGACGUUUGGCAGCGAGCCCUCUAUCUUUCCAAGGCAGCACCAGGGGCCAACUUCCGAACGGUUAUCCAACGACAUCCCAGGGUGAGACGAGUAUUCCGGGUUAAAGAUGGCGCCCGCGAGUUGCGCACGUAGGCGUAGAUAGAUCGCAUAGCCGGCUGAAUAAGGAAAAGAGGUAUGCGUGUAUGCUUGUGCAUGCAUAUCUUCUGCAAUUGUGACCACAAUGACACCCAUCUCGGCGAGACGUCAUUCCAUCAGCAUUCAUCAAUGCGGUUAUACGUCCAAACAGGUCUUGAGCUUAAGCACACCAAACAGCGCGAACCACACAAGGUGUUUCUGGUGUUGCCAACCUUAGGCUUUCCGUGUUUCUGAUGAGAGCUGCUGCGCUCAUACAGUAACACGGGAAUCUCGCCGGGUCUAAACAAGCGAUAGUUCAUUUAAUUCACGCAAUGCGUGCCUCUAGGUGGUCGGCUUUGUCCUUCGGUAGGUUAUGCAGCGGUCCGCGU